AUGCUUAAUCAUGUUAUUCCUUUAAAACAACUUACUAAAUUAAUUAUUAAAUGUGAUCAUCUUUCUUUGACAAAAUUAAUUGAAUUAUUAUGUUGGACUCCUCAUAUUCAUACAUUAGUAUUUGAAUCUAUGUCACUUCAUGGAGUUAGUUAUAAUUCUAUUCAACAAAAUCAAUCAUUUCAACUGGUAUCCAGUAACAAUACCAUUACAAACGUGACUUUUAAACCAAGAUGUACAUUAGAUAAACUUCAGAUACUUGUUGCUUUAUUCUCUCGAAUCCAACGUCUUACAAUAAAUUUCCAUGCGAAAGAUUUAGAAUCAUGUGUACGAUUUCUAUUAGAGAAAACAAAUCGAAAUACUAGUCAUUUAUAUUCAUUACGUCUUUUAUGGGUAGACACAAUUUGGCUUACAAGAUUGGAAACCUUAAUCGUAUCCGAUAUGUUUCU